AUGAGGAAGAGAAAGAGUCUUCCACCAGGCCCUAUGCCGCUUCCUGUAGUAGGCAACUUGCACCAAAUCGGCCUUGGGGAGAUAGAGCCCCAGCUAAAGAAGCUCCAUGACAAGUACGGCUCCAUGAUAACCGUCUACCAAGGCCCUGAGCGCCAUGUCUUCAUUGGCGGACAUGACGUUGCUCACCAGACACUCGUCAAAAAUGGCCUUGCUUUCGGCCACCGUCUCCCCGCCGCCCCGGAGAACUUCCGCCUCUUUGGGGGAGAUGCAUCAGAGCCUUUCAUUGGCUUCACUGAUUGUGGCCCUCUCUGGAGGCUCUUCCGCCGCAAUCUUGCAUCCGAGAUUCUCAGCCCCACCAGUCUUAGCUCCUUCGCAAAUGACCGCAAUGAAAUCCUCAAGAAACUGAUUCAUAAGCUCAAGAACGAAGCUGAUAAGGCUGGAGAUGUCGUCCAGCCUCUCGAGACAUUUCGACAUGUAUUGUUUUCCCUUGCCUUGUUCAUGUGCUUCGGAGAGAAGCUGGAUGACGAGGCUGUAGCUGAACGAUUGGAAGCAAUACGGCUAAGUCAUCAGAAUUUGAGUAGGUUCGUGGUCUUCCAUAUAUUCCCAAAAUUUGGCAAGUAUCUCUUUCCCCAACGGUGGAAGGAGAUGCUAGCAAUCCGUAGAAGGCUGGUCAUCAACCUCCUCCCCAUUGUACAAACCAGAGCCCAUAAAAUGGAGGAAAACAAGAAAGAUGGCAUCUUUUCUUAUGCAGAUUCAUUACUUGCAUUGGAGCUUCCAGGAGGUGGGAAACUCAAGGAGUCUGAAGUCACCACACUCUGCUAUGAAUUUCUCACUGCCGGUGUUUCUACCGUAGUGUCGUCAUUGCAAUGGGCGAUGGCGAACUUGGUGAAAUAUCCAUAUGUACAAGCCAAGUUGUUUGAGGAGAUUGAGAGAGUCACUCAGAAAAAUGGAGGGGUUAUCAAUGAAGAGGACCUCAAGAAAAUGCCUUAUCUCAAGGCAGUGAUCUUGGAGACUCUUCGUAGCCAUCCACCCAUACAUACAUUGCUUCCACAUAAGGUUUCAGAGGAUAUAAGCUUGGAAGGAUAUACCAUACCCAAAAAUACUUAUGUGAAUUUCAUGCUGGUAAGUAUGGGUUUGGAUGGAAAGGUCUGGCAAGAUCCAUUGGAGUUCAAGCCGGAGAGGUUCAUGGGAGGUAGGGAAAGUAUCGAUCUUACUGGAACGAGGGAGAUCAAGAUGAUCCCAUUUGGUGCAGGAAGGAGAGUCUGCCCAGGGAUGGGACUUGGAAUGUUUCAUCUGGAAUACAUGGUGGCCCACCUGAUCAAGGAGUUUGAAUGGAAGGCCGUGGCAGGAGAUGAAUUGGACAUGGCUGAGAGUAUGGAGAUGGACAUAGACUACGUAAUGAAGAAACCCUUGCAAGCUUGCAUAGUGCCAAGAAAAUGA